AUGCCGUUCCUGGGCCGAGAGAAAGGACGCAGUCCGAGAUCGCGCAGGUCAGACGAUGAAUUCGUCGUGUUUCUUCAGGGAAUUCCCGCGCACUGUCGCUGGCAAGAACUGAAAGACCUGGUGCGCCAAACGGCGCAACACAUCCGACAGGCCGUGGUGUACGAUGACAGCCAUGGUUUCCCCACUGGACUGGGACAAAUCAUCGUCAAGAAUGAAGAUGAAGCGUGGCGGACUUAUCACCGGUUAUCAACCAACGGAUGGGAAGGCCAAAGCUUGGUUGUUACGCUAGCGCGCACCAGUGCUCCUACGAAGCCCAUUGCUGGCCCUACCAGGAGCCCACCAGCUGUGAUACAGGCCUACAUGUCCGGUCAUUCAACCCCACCUCGGUCGGGUAGUAUAGCCAUGCCGCCAUCGCCAAUCUCGCCCGAAUCCGUCCAGUCGCCUAAUACAACCUACUCAUAUCCAUGUGACUUCGGACACAUGAUGAGCCCAAUGCCAAUGGGUCCGCAGCAAUUCCUUCCCAUGAUGCCAGACCCCCACGCCCAGCCAAUGCAAUGCUUCCCGCCCUCGCCAAUGAUGCACUGCACUACAUUUGACUCUCCAGCCUGGAACAUGAUGCCCAUAUACCCCAUGUACCCAAUGUCGCCUAUCCAGCAACUCCCAGAGUCAACAACCAUGGGCGAGUACUCCCCCGCGCACCCGCGCAAAGCCUGGACCAAGGACUCAACCAUCACCCCGACAAGCGAUCUCGCCCAACGAGCAUUGUGCAUCAAGAAUCUUCCCACAAUAACCACAGUCUCCGACCUCGAGAAUCUGCUCCAGGGCGCCGGAAAGGUGGAACAGUGUAAUGUGGUCGUAACCUCGGACGCGAAGUCGAAUGAAGCGCAGACGCAUGGGUCGGCGAUUAUGCACAGUGUCGAAGAGGCGAAGCGGGCUGUGACGAUGUUCAACAAUAUGCUAUUCAUGGGCUCGCAGAUUCGCGUGAAGAUGGAUACCAGACCUACCAUCACACGUAGUGGAAGCUGGCAUGGGUCUAUGGGGCCUUCGGAUCCAGAUCUACUGGAACUCAUCUCGAAGAAAAUGGGGUCCAAGUCUGUCAAGGUUGGUGAGGAGAGUGUGGCCAAGAGUGUGGAUCUUUGUAAGCCGCUUGUUGUCGAUGGAUCGGGCCAGAAUCCGUCAUUAGAGUUGUUGUCGACGUCGGCACCUACCUAG